AUGCAAUUUGUCGUCAACAGCUCCCACCACACUCGAGGCUACUACCUCAUCGAUGACAUCUACCCAAAGUGGCCGAUAUUCGUGAAAAGCUUUGCUUUUCCAAGCGACGCGAAGAAGCAGAGGUUCAAAGUGAUGCAAGAAGCUGCAAGAAAGGAUGUGGAACGAGCUUUUGGUGUUCUUCAACUUCGUUGGAAUAUUGUCAAAGGUUCGGCUCGUUUAUGGAAGAAUGAGCAUAUGAGCAGUAUCAUGUUUGCGUGCAUCAUAUUGCACAACAUGAUAAUUGAGGAUGAAGGGGCGGACACAAUCGAUUGGAAAGUCGAGGCUGGCGGUGAGGGAUCAAGCAGCGGUCCUCAUACAGAGUUCAACACUGGAGCACCGUCGGAUUUUGCUGCCUAUAUGGCCCAAAGCUCAAACCUCAAGGACAGCCGUUUGCACGCUCGACUCUGCGACGAUUUAGUCGAGCAUAUAUGGGCACGCUUUGGUCCCAUCAAGUCAUAG